AUCAUAAUAACCACAAAUAUUAAUUUAUUAUGUAAUGACUCAGCCACAACCUAAAAAACCAUUAUUUGCCGCAUACUCCUCAAAUAAAAACCCAAUAUUAAUCGAUGAAAAAAAUAAAAAUGAUAAAAUAAAUAUUACACCACCAUCUUCGCAUCAUCCUAGUCCAACAUCAUCUCGCCCACCCUCACCUCCACCAAUACCAAUAUCAAAAAACAAAGCAUCAGCAUAUUUCAAUAUUACUUUUGAUGAUGAAUUACCUCCAUCCCCACCUCCCUCCGCAUCCACCUCAACAACUAUAAUACCGUCCUCAUCAUCAUCAAAAAAAAGAAUAAACCAAACAACAUAUAGUAGUAGCAGCAGCAGUAGUGAUAGCGAUAAUAGUAAUGAUAAUAAGAAAAGAAAUAAAAAUAAAAAAAAGCCAAAGAAAUCAACUUUAUCAUUUUUAAACGAUGAUGAUUUUUCAAAUAGUGAUACAUCCAGUAGUGACAAUGAGGGCUUUGAUUAUAAAAGAAAGAAAUAUAAACGUGAGGAGAAGGAAGAAAUUGAAAGGGAAAGAAAAGAUAGAAAAAAGAAAAGAAUAGAAAAAGAUAAAAAAUAUUAUAGCGACAAAGAUAGAAAUGCAAUUUCCAACGAUUUAUUUCAAUCAACUGAAAGUAAUGAUCAAUACUAUUUUGAAAAUACAGGCAACAAAAGUAAAAUUAAUAUGAUGAACAUUCCUAAAAAUUUAAACUACAACUAUGAUAAUACGAUGAUUUUGGGCCUAAAAGAUUACAAACUAGCCUUUAAUAAAAAGGAUGGUUUUCAAAUUGAAAAUUCAAAUGCCUUCUCAUCUUCAAAAAAUAAUCAACAGAAAACUAGAUAUUUUAAAAAUCAACCUCCAUCAACCAUUAUAGACAAUAAAUUAGUAGAAAAAGUGUUUCCAAUACCAAACUUACUUGAUCCAUCUAAAGAUAAAUCCGCUACUGAAAUCAAAUUAGUUGUAAAUCAAGAUACCAAUGAUGAUAAUGAAGAAAAUGAAACAUAUGAAACAAAAUUACAAAGAAGACUAUUAAAAGAAAACUCUGAACUAAAUUAUAAAGUUGAACAAAAUCCAACAGAUAUUGACCGAUGGUUAGAUUUAGUUAAAUUUCAAGAAAACUUUCAACAAUUUAGUGCAAAGAAGAGUAGAUCCAAAUUUUCAAUGUACGAUAGACAAUUAACAAUUUACAAGAAUGCAUUGAUGGCCAACCCAGACUCUGAGAGACUAACCAUUGAAUAUUUGAAAUUGGCAAGUGAAAUAUGGGAUCAAGAAAGAGUAUUAAAUUUAUGGAACGCACUGAUUCAAAAGAGCACUCAAGAUUUUUUAGACUACCAACAGCAAGUGCACUCUCAACAUCAAGCACACCCAACGAUAAUAAGUGAAGAUCUCUGGAGGGAGUAUAUAAACUUUUGCCUAUCAAAUUUUAAUAACUUCACUGUAAACAAAAUGAAAGAAACCAUAACUCAAGUCAUAAGAAAACUUUUGAUUAAAAGACGUUCAUUUAAAGUUAAAGAAAAGAAUUUUAUGGAAAGGGUUCAAGUUGUUGAAGAGUCAAUAUUGCAAUUUUUAUCACAACUUACUAGAUUCCUUCAUCAGGCUGGCUAUAGCGAAAGAGUGGUCGGUAUUUAUCAAGCACUAAUUGAACUUAAUUGUUUCGAACCAAUUGCACUAUCAAAUGAACCUCAAUCAGUUUUGCUAAAAGAAUUUAAAGAAUUUUGGGUCUCGAACAACUAUGCAAAAAUUGGUGAAUCAAAUUCCAUUGGUUGGUCAAAUGCAUAUAAUCAAAUACUGAAUGACAAAAUCAACAGUACAGGAAAAAAUGAUGGUGGACUUGAAGAUUUGGACAACCUAUCCAUUGAAGAAAUUGAAAAACUACUAAAAGAGCAAGAAGAUUUAGAAAAGCAAAGUGAACUUAACCAAAACAAUAAUGAAAAUUUAUUUACAAUUAACGAAAGCAACUUCAAUGAACAAAAUGAUGACGAUAUUAACCAAGAUGAUCAAGAUAUUAAUAAAACCAAAGAGUCAUAUAAAAACAAAAACACUCCCGAAUCAAUCCAUGAAAAUAAAUUUAUAAAUUGGGGCAAAAACGAAAUUAAAAAAGAUACAUCAAAAUGGUUACCACUAAAUAUAGAUAAAGCAACAUUAAACGAUGAAAUGGGUGAAGAAAAUGAUCAAGAUACUGACAGAGUGGUCCUGUUUAAUGACGUUUUUGAUCUACUAUUCAAAUUUGUUAGAGAUGAAAUCAAAAUCGAAUUAAUAUUUCAAUUUUUAGAAUUUUUAGGUGUACCAAUUGUAUUAGAUGAUAAAAUACCACCAAGGUUCCCCUUCAACCAUCCUCUUAGAAGAGAAUCUAUAAAUUCAAUUAAUGAGAACAACAUCUCUUUAUUGUUCAAAGAUUUACAGGAUCCUAAACAAAUCAACACUGCAACUUGGUAUCGAACAUUCGAAAAUCUAAGAAAACAUCAACCGCUAUCAAAAGAUCGAAUACAAUUUAUAGACUCAGUUUUUAAACUCAUUUUGGACAGUAGCAAUAUUAAAGUAAAAGAAAAACUAUACAUUUCAUAUAUACACUUCAAAGCGACUUAUAGCAUGGAUGAAGCAAAAAUUUAUACAAAACAACUAUGUGAAAAGUUUAAACAACUAAUUUAUUUUGAUAUCUAUGCCUCACUAGAAAUUAAAUCAAACAAAAUCAAUGAAUCAAAAUCAAUCUACCAAACCACAUUACAAUAUACAAACCAGCUAAUUCAACCAAACAAAUCAUCACCACAACAGCAGCAGCAACAACACCAAAUAAAUAUAAAUCAACAACUACAAUUUCAAAUCGAUUUCAUUUAUAGGGAAUACUUAUUUUUAGAAUUGGAUUUUAUUUAUCAGUCUGUUCAAAAAGAUCCUCAAAUUUUAAAAAGAUUUAUUAAUAAUUCUAAACAAAAUAAUGGCUCCAUUUUAGAUAUGUUCACACUACCAAUUCACAUACUGCAAUGUUAUAUCGAAUCAAACUAUAAAAAAUAUACACCAACAAACAAUAAUAAUAUAACAAUAAAAACCCGUUUAGACUAUUUGAAAUUUAAAUUUAACGAGAAAUAUCAGCAAUACAUCACAAACCAUCAACAACAUCAACAUACCCCUCCGUCAAUUGAUUUCGUGCUAUGCUUUUUAGUAUUGGAGUUAAUCUAUAGUGGCUUUGAUAAAUCUUUAUUUUUAUUUAAUCAAUUUAUAUCAAUUUAUUUUAAAAAAUUUACAAUUAAUCAUGAAAUUUUAACUAUAAGGUUUAUUGAAAUAGUUUGUAAAAUUGGUAAACUAGUAAAUAUCGAACCAUUUAAAAUUAAAGAUUUAAUUAUCAAAUCAUUGGAUGACUACUAUGAUCACCCGAAAUUAAUAACUUUAUUUUUAAAUUGGGAAGGUACAAACCAAUUAAUAAAUAGAGUUAGAGUCUAUUUCGAUUUACAAUCAAACAAAAACUACUCUGCUAUUUUUUGGUUAUUUUCAAUUAGAUUCGAAAUUAAUAAGCAAGGUGCUGCAUUAAGAAUUAAAUCACUAUUUGAAAAAUCAAUUCAAUUAUCAAGAUGUAAACAUAACUUUAUUUUAUGGAAACUAUAUAUAGAAUUUGAAUUAAACAGAGGCAAAGUUAAUACUGCAAAAUCAAUUUACUAUCGUGCUAUAAAAGAACUACCUUGGUCGAAAACCAUUUGGUUAUUGCCCUUUACAAAUGACAAACUAUCUUCAAGUUUCAGUGACAGCGAAUUCGUCGAUUGUAUAAAACUUUUAAAGGAAAAAGGUAUAAGAUUAAGAGAAAAACCAGUCCAAUAG